AUGAUAAUGGUUCAUUUUACAAGCACAGUUCUUGAUUUAUAUUUGAGUCUUUUAACAUGUCCUUUUGUUUUUCUACCGUAUCCAGCUGGUUAUCCAAUAGGUUUAUUGAAAUAUUUAGGUGUUCCGACUUCAAUCCAAGUUUACUUUGGAGUCAGUUUUAUUGGAGGUAGGUAUUUCUUCAAUCAAGUGAACAUUGAUCCGAACAACUGAAAGUUUGGCAAAUACGGAAUGGGUUUCCAAAAUGGGUCCGGACCCUUUCUGAAAGCGUUCCGAAAAAAUGGGUCCGCGGAACAUCACGAAAAAGGGUUCGCGAAUUUCAAAUGGGUCCGCGACUGAUUUUCUAUUUUACCAAAAUGAGUCCGCGCUUACAAAAUGGGUCCGUGCAAUUUUUAAAAAAGGGUCCGUGAUUUCAAAAUGGGUCUCCAAUGUUUUUUCAAAAUGGGUCCGCGAAAAUAAAGAAAUAUUGAAGGGAUUUUGAGAACGUGAUGAGACGGCCAAGUAUUUUCAGCAUGGAAUUUUAGCAUGAGAUUUUUUUCCGGAAGAGUCAUUUUUCGCAAGAAGUUUUAGUUUUUCUGGGCGUUCACUAAGCCUAAGCCUGGAACUUAGUCGUGUGAAAAAAAUGACUCUUGCGAAAUUAAAAAUCAAGUAAAAACUGUAAAAUUGCUCCUCAUCGUUCGGACCCAUUUUGAAAAAAACAUCGGAGACUCAUUUUGAAAUCGCGAACCCUUUUUUAAAAAUAGCACGGACCCAUUUUGUAAGCGCGGACCCAUUUUGAUAAAAUAGAAAUUCAGUCGCGGACCCAUUUGAAAUUUUCGGACCCUUUUUCGUGAUGUAGCGCGGACCCAUUUCUUGGAGUCAUUUCAGAAAGGGUCCGGACCCAUUUUGGAAACCCAUUCCGUAUUUGCCGAAAGUUUUACCUUGUCUUUAAAAAUUCAAAGUGCGUUCAACUCCUAAAUAUUUCAGUUGUUCUAACUUCGUUGGUUAAUUUAUUUGAAAGUCGCUACAAUAAACUGUCAACUAACACCGAAGAUUCAUUUCGAAGAAAAAUUUGUAGAUAUUCUAUAGCAGCAGUUUUAUAUAUCUGGGCAUUCACAUUUAUUCUUCCUGCAUAUUUUAAUAUUCCUGAUUCAAAUUUAGCAAUACAAGUUUUGCAAAAAGAACUGCAUUGUGUUGAAGGUGAAAAAUUCAAUAAUCCAUAUUUUUUCUGUUUGACUCUUUAUCCAGAAAUUGCAAUUUUUGCAAUUUUAUUGACAAUAUUCCUACUUGUUCCUCAAAUGCUUUUUCAUCUUAUUAGAUCGUUUAAAGUUAUUAAUAAAAAUAAACAUACGAGUUCGAGAAGAACAUAUCUUCUUCGAUUCAAAUUUAUGCUAGCACUUUGCAUUCAAGUUUUUGUACCUAUGAUUUUCCUUGUUGUUCCAGCGAGCUUUGUGGUUUUCUCACUGUUUACUCGUUAUUUUAAUCAAGGAGUUACAAACCUAUCCUUGAUAUUUUUUGCAACACAUGGUGGAAUUUCUUCAAUUGUUACUCUAAUCGUUCACAAACCAUAUCGCGAGUUUACAAUCGAAACAUUUUAUCGUGUCAAAUUAUUCCGAAUUGCUAGGGAUAAAUUUAAGUAUUCACCUUGA